GUUAUAUUAUCGUUAGAAGCACCCAUAUGCACUAAAUUAUUAUUAAAUCGUGAAAAGCCUGCAAUAUACAAAGGAUUGGAUGGAUGAAUUUAAGAUUUGAUGCUCUAUUUUGUUACUAAGUCACCGAAACAGCUUUACAUUUUUUAAGGUUCAUGUUUCACCUACAUGCUUUCAAAGUAUGUUAUACGAUAAAAUACUAACAAUAAUUUCCCAAAGGUGCUCUAUAAGAAAUUAAAUAUGAGUUCAUCAGUGUGUUACAAAUGCAGCCAACCUGGUCAUUUCGCUAGGGAAUGCCAGGAAGGAGGAAACCGAGGGGGUGGUAGUUAUGGCAGAGGACGUGAAAAGUGUUACAAAUGUAACAAAUUUGGCCACUUUGCAAGAGAAUGCAAAGAGCAAGCUGAACAAAGAUGCUACAGAUGUAAUUCUGAAGGUCACUUUGCAAAAGAUUGCUCUCAAAGUCCAGACGAGCCGUCCUGUUACAACUGCAACAAGCCAGGUCAUAUAGCCCGAACCUGUCCAGAAGGGGGUAACAAUUCGACCCAGGCUUGUUACAACUGCAACAAAAAGGGUCAUCUCUCUCGUAAUUGUCCAGAAAAUACAAAGACGUGCUAUAUAUGCAACAAGCCGGGCCAUAUAAGUCGCGAUUGCGACCAGGAAAGUAGAAAAUAGCGCGCCAUCGCGUUGCUAAUCAAUAAUAAUUAUUAUCAUCAAUUAAAAGACGACGAGGGUGUACUUGUUAUAUUUAUACUUCCUAUUUUUACCCACCUUAUUUUAGUCGGAUUUUGUUAAUACACGCGGAUUUGUAUUUUCUGUUAUAAAAAUGUUGAAGUUUUUGUUGUUUGCAACAACAUUUUAACAUUAAUAAAAAGUUCUUUUAAAGUAA